AUGGAGUUUCUGAAGAAUGUAUUUCAGUCUCAAGGCGUAUUCAUUAAAGCCCUGUUAAGAACACCAAGACUUCUCAAUCUUAGCUUGGAGAAGACCCUGAAGCCCUCGCUCGCUUUCUGGGAAGGAUGGGGUUUUUCUGGGGCGAAGCUCGUAAGCUUCUUACAGGCAACUCCGAACGUUCUCUAUCGCACGUCUCUAACUCCUGGACAGGUGGAUCUCAUCAACAAGAUUGGCAUUGACAAAGAGAGCAAAAUAUUCAAAUAUAUUGUAGGUGUAGUGGCUAAGAGCCGCACGGAAACGUUAGAGGCCAAGAUAGAGAAUCUCAAACUCUGUGGGCUUUCGGUAGAAGAAAUCUGGCAACUACUUGGAGCUGCCCCUCUAGUCCUUUCUUACUCCAAGGAAAGUGUUUGUGAAAAGAUGAACUUUAUAGUUAAUAACAUGGAGCUCCCUGUAAAUCAUGUAGUGAAGCAUCCUUUGUUGUUGCAAAUAAGUUUGGAAAAGACUACGAGACCCAGGUUUUUGGUUUGGCAGAAAAUCAAAUCCAUCAAUGCCCUCGAGCUUCCUCUUUUGACAGUAUUGACGAUGACAGAGGCAAAGUUUGUUCACAACAUUAUAAAAGGGCAUGCUGAAUCUAAAUUACCGUGGACAAUUUAUGAAAAUGCCAUCUCUAACGCCUCCAACCGCACAAAGAACUCAACAAAACAAAAUUUUGGAUAG